UAGUGGAAACUGGAUAGAAAAUGUCUAUAAUAUUGCACCUUGGAAAGCUGUGACUUUUAUUGAGCUAAGAUCCAGAUCUGACUUAGGCAAAGCCAACACAUCACCGCAGACCACCAUCCUCCCAGUUCUGAGAGUCCCAAUAAACUGUCCAAGAAACAUAAGCUUGUUGGCCUUUGACCCGGAUGGAGAUGAUGUUAGAUGUCGAUAUGCAUCCAAUUUGACAGAGUGUGCCUCUUGCCAGACUCCAUCUGUCCUCAACCUAUCAACUUCCUGUACUUUAUCAUUCGCCGAAUCUCAAAACAGCACCCAAGGUUCAUAUGUAGUCCAGAUUGUGAUGGAGGACUUUGCCAGGCAGACCAUCACCCUGACCCAAACUGAUGGUUCUCAGGUUGGGAGAACUACUGAUGAUCCCAUCAGUAAAAUACCCAUCCAGUUUGUUUUAAAAGUGGAUUCUGCAGCACCAUCUUGUAUAGAAGGCCUCUAUCUGCCCAGGUUCGUGAGUCCAACUCCAAAGAACGGAGUAAAGCUCUACAGUUCUGUAAAUCAGGUGCUGGUAAUCCCUAUCAAAGGGGAGGCAACUCAUUACAUGUCAACUGAGCUUCUUUUCAGCGGACCAUACAAUGUAGUUAAGAAUUCAUUGGGAUCAGGAAACUUUUCUCUGUCCUGGACACCCUCUACAACUGAAUAUGGAGAAAGCCACCCCAUCUGCUUUAUCAUUCAGGCGAGUAACUCCAGUUCUGUGUAUCAGUCUGAGCUUCGUUGUGUCAUUGUAAUAGUUGGAGAAGAGUCCAACCAUGACUACGGCUAUUAUGAUGCCCUUACCUUUUACUACAAUUCAAGCCCCAACAGCAACUACAGCUACACCCAUACCUACUACAACAACCCAAUACUCAUCAACAAACACAACUUUGACAGCCUUACCUACAACAACCCCACCCUUCAUAACAUCUACAUCUUUACCAAUGCUGACUACGAGAACCACACCUUCAACCACAUCUUCAGCUGGGACAACAAUACCUAA